UGAGUUUAAGAUUGGCGCUUCAGCAGCUGAUAUUUUGUUACUCAUAAAAUCAAAACAAACGAACAUAUGAUACCAGCAAUCAUUUUUCAAUUAUAAUUUAUUUGUAAUUUAUUUUACUAAUUAAUUAUUCCCUAGUCAAUUAUUUCCUGUGACAUUUCUAUUCCUUUAAUUGGUGGCUCACGUUUAUAAUUCACCUUGGUGUAUUAUCUCUACCAUUUGUUAAAAAGCAUUGACUGAUGACUGAUCCUUCGUAUUCUUCAUCAUCUGUUGACGUUUCUCUUGAUAAUGAUCUCCUCGAUAAUCUUGAUCACUAUUCAUCCUCCUUGGCAGCUCAAUCACCGAGUCGCAGUAUAAUAAGUCAGGAAAGUAACGCAAUUCCCGAUGAUUCAGAUUUUAAAAAUGAAAACUCAGAAAAUGGAGAUACUGAUUGUGACACCAUCAAAGAUCUUGAUGAUGACAAAACCAAAGGAGAACCUCUUGAUCAAGAUGACACUGUUAAAGUGAUUGUCUUGAAAAGUAUAUCAUCUCAGUUACGAGCUGCAUAUGUCCAAAAGACGGAUGCAGGAGUGGCAACUUGCUUAACAGUUAGUCAAAUUUAUAUUGCUGUAGGAACAGCUCAUGGAAUUAUUUUCUGUUUUGAUAAACAGCAAGUAAUGAGAUGGUGUUUAAGAAAAGAAGAUUUGACUGACGCUGUUACUAGUAUUGCCAUUCGAUCCGAUUCAACGCGCUUAGUUGCCGGUUAUGCAAAAGGAUCUCUUGGAUUAUGGAGUCUCGAAAAUGGUCAACUUAUAACAUCACUGUCAGAUGAAGAUUGUCAUCAUGCUACUCCUUUGCUUCUCAAGUUUACUUCUGAACCUGAUUUAAUGGUCUUCAGUAAUACUGGAGGAUCAGUUUUUCAAUUAUGGGUAAGAAAACGAUCCAAAUCACUUGAACCUAUUUGCAUUUUUUCUGGAAGUCGAGGAGAAGUUCUACACCUUGAAACUUUAAUUAUUCCACUAAAUCUCCAGCAUCGAUUCGCAUCUCUUAACAACCUCUGCCUUAUCACUUUAGCUACAGUAACCAAAGUCAUUGUCAUUUCACUUUUGCCAUCACCAACUGUGCAUUUUUAUCAUUCACUAGAGGCUGAUCCUAAAGCACCUCCUGUAAUUAACUGGAAAUUUGUCUCAAUCCAAACAACAUCAAAUGAUAAAGUUCUUGAUCCUGUUCUUACAUUCGGUCGUGGAAAAGUGUUCAGUAUUUAUCAGAUUUUAGUUAAAAACGGCCGAGAAUUGACUUUUGUUUUUCUGAAACGGUUCAACUUGGACUACACUUUGACAAAUAUGUUUUGGUUGACCUCAAAGAUUAUUGCCACUGUCGAUAAACAUUUGAAUAUUCAUGUUAUUGACGUAAAAUCAGGAAAUGAAAUCAGUAUAAUUGAUAUUAAUCCUGUUCAGUUAACAUUUUCAACUGAAUUUUUCGAAGGAACUCACAUAGAUGGUAAAGUUAGCGGUGCAAUGGCAGCUGUUGGUCACAGAGCGUGUUAUAAUUCAAUAGUAACUACAAGUUCGACGUCAUCGCAUUUUUCACCUAGUCAACUACUACUAUUAGGCCGAGAAUUAAUGGUGCUAUAUUCAUUACGUUCUUGGGAAGGACGAAUUGAUUGGUUAGUUUCACUGGAAAAAUAUGCAGAAGCAUUAAAGCUUGCUUUAUCCAUUUACAAAGGAGACUCUAAAUCUAUUAUUGGUUUAUUUGGAAAUCGAGAUCAACGCAAAUUGAUUGUUGCAGAAAAAAUUGUCUUACUCAUUGACGAGUAUUUAGAUUAUCUUAUUAGUCCUUUGUCUUUAAGCUAUACCAUUCCAAUAAGAUAUAAGGAGCUAUCUUCAGCCAUUGCUUCGACUAUUCAAGCUUCUCUGACAAUCAAUGAUCUAAAAGUUCUUUGGGGAACAAUUUAUGAGAGAUGUAAAUCAAAUACAAUUGCUAGUCAAAUUUACCUUGAUUCCUUGAAAAGUCAUAUAAUCAAAGGAUCACUUCCCUCAAUACCUCCAGCAAUUGCCAAAGAUUUGGUCGAUUUAUAUGAUAAAAGGCGUAAUUACAGCUCACUCGAAUCCAUCAUUAUUUGUUUGUCAAUUGGUUGUCUGGAUAUUCAUCAAGUCACAACUAUUUGUCGAUCACAUCAGUUACAUCGGGGAUUAAUAUACAUUUACAAUGAAGCUUUCAAAGACUAUACGACUCCAUUGGAAACUUUGCUGAAAAUAAUAUCGCCUAAGCUGUUAAAUAAUGAAGAUCUAACUAAACAAGACAUCGAUUUGGGCAACAGUAUUUUACUUUACAUUAGCUGUUGUCUCACAGGGCGUAAAUUUCACGGAGGAGAUAUUCCCGAAUCAAUGCGUGCUCAAGUGAGACAGGAAACCAUUAAGCUUCUCAUUAGAUUUAAAAAUCCAUCGACCUCUGAAAAAUCUGAUGAAGUAUUGGAUUGUAUUUUUUAUCCAAAUUUAAAAGCAUUGCUUUUAUUUGAUGGCAAGGAUUUCCUUAAUGUUCUAGCUUUAGCGAUGGAUAAGGAUGAAUUCGAUGGCGUCGAUGGACUUAGUUUAACUGAAGUUUUGAUUCAUGUGAUGACUGAAAGCUGUGGUUUCACGCCGACCCAAAUCAGCUCUUUGUUUAUAUUCUUAGCAAGAAUGGUUGCUAAACCAAGAAGUUACAUCAAAAUGAGCGAUGAAUUAGUCAAUCAGAUUGUUGAAUCUUUGACAGAAACUGCAGACCAAGGAAGCUUGGAAGAGCGUCAACAAGCACUAAUGCAACUAGUCACUUCUGAUAAAGUGAACGCGAUCAUGAUUGACAGAAUAUUGGCAUCUGCUGAGAAAGCUAAAUUCUUUCAAGUCUGUGAACAUAUUUAUUGGCAUCGUAAACAAUUUCCUGAAAUACUCCUCUGUUAUCUAUCUGAUGAUUAUUUACAAAAGGAGGUGUUCAAAUUGAUUGCCCGCGUAAUGUCUUUAAACGAAGAGAAGGUUCCAUUUCUAAAAUGUAUCUGGGAAAAUAUUGGACAUUUGAUUGAGAUUGAUGAAAAGCAAGCAACAACAUUACUUUUAGAGUAUUUUGUUCGAACCAGUGACUUAGAGAAUCUCCUCAAUUCUCUUGAAUCUAAACCAAUCUAUUUGAUGCGAGUUUUAAAAUGUUUAUUGACUUGUGAUCAAUUGAAUAAUGUAGAUAAUAAGGGUCUACCUUUAAUUGACAAAUGUUCAAUUCUAUUUGAACCUUGGAUCCAUGAAAGAUACAUUGAAUUGUUGUGUAAAUACGAACCAGAUGAAGCUGCCCGUUUCCUACAAACAACUUCAACUUAUCGACCCAAAGUGGCUCUUCAAAUUUGCACUAAAGCGGAUAAUAAUUCAGCUAAAGCUAUCCUCUACGAAAAAGAGGGUAAAUAUGCUGAAGCAUUAGAACUACUGUUAAACAGAUUGGACAACAAUUUAGCUUCCAUUUCUGAUCUAAAAAAUGAUAGUGAUGGAAAUGAAAAUACACAAACUAUCAUUGAAUCAAUACUUGAGCAAUUUGAUCAUCUCAUUCAAUUUUCUAAAAGAUGCUCAGAAAAAUUAUUAACUUCGGAAGAUCGAGAAUUUUUGUGGUCCCCAGUUCUCGAAAGGGUUACACGUUUUCACGAAAUGACUGAAAAGACUUUUAAAAAUUAUCGAUCAUCUUCAAUCGAUUUGUGCAACAAUCUAUUCAAUGUCAUGAUGGCAUACAUUUCUAUGUUAACUUUGUUGACUUGGAUUUUACAAUCAUCGAUUACUGACAGCGGUUCGAUCGGUCAAUUUUCCAAAAUUCGUUACUUGUUGACUUCAAUGUUGGAUGCCUACAAUUAUGAAGCGACUUUGCUAUCAAAUUAUAAUGAUUUGAUUAAAAGUCAACUAUAUAAAGCAUUAUCGACUUAUGUUGCUCUUUCAAAACAAGCUUUUACUAUAACAAUCACUUGUGGACUUUGUAAUAGAAGAUUUGAUUCUAUGAAUGAUGAUUUAAUUGUCUUUCACUGUCAUUCUUUUCAUAUUAAUUGUUUACCAGAUGAAGUUCGCUCCCUUGGUUGUCCCAAAUGCAAUCAAACGUUAAGUUCAUCUAUAAUUGAGAUAAAAUCUGAGGAUGGUGAAGAUGAAUCGGAAAUGCAAUCAAACAACAACCAGCAAUCAUCUACUGAACCAAUUAAAACAAUUUACGAUGAGUUUGUUAUUGACGAUGUGCAAGAUGACAUUGAUCUACUUACUGAUUGGCCAGUUAGACUCAAAGAAUGGGAAAAGUUCUCUAAUUUUAUCAAAAAUGAUCUUAUUCCUAAACCACAGAUCAAACCGAAUAAGAUUAAUGCAGCUGCAACAAAGCUAAAACGACCAGAUCUGAUGUUGAUUCCACAUGGAUAUCACGACUCGUGAUAAUUGAAACAUGAAUAAUAACUACGAUUAUUUGAUUUAAAGCAUAAACAGUAUUAUUGAAUGAUAUCGGGAUACAAAGAUUAUCAUGGAUUAUAAGCUAAGCAAACUAAGUGCGGACAAGGUUUUAUAUUUUACACGCAUCUUCAAUAGUUCGACUCAUCAAAUCUCUAGUCAAAACUAGAUUAAUUAAAUGAUUUUUUGGAGCUAAUCAAAACUGUGCCCAUUGUUGGUGAAAAAAUUAAUGCGUGAUUGAACUUUCUCUGCGUAAAAAUAUUACGAUUUUUGUGCAAACUUAGUUUUCUUAGCCCAUUAUAUCAAUGUUAAAUGUGUUAUAUUUUAUUGUGAUUUACAAAGGAAAUCAAACUUAACCAAGAAAAAUUUGAUUCUAACAGAUAAUAUUGUGAUUGAUUAUCGAAACUAUUUUUCAUUUUUACUUUGCAAAAUAUUUAAAUUCCGUUUUACUGACUUAGACUUAAUCAUUACUAUAAAAACUCAUUUUAAUGCUUA